AUGAUAGCCCUGUGCCCCUGCAGCAGGGACGGCAGCAGCAUGGAGCCCCUGGGAGAAACCGACACCCUCACCCCGGACACCUCCGGCACCCCCACUCCGGACACCCCCAGCUCUGGCACCCCCAGCACCCCCAUCCCGGACACCCCCACUCCGGACACCCCCACCCCGGAUACCCCCGGCACCCCCAGCAACCCCACUCCCGACAGUCCCACCCCAGAUACCCCAGGGUCCGGGGGAGGGGGCGAGGGGGCAGGGAGCGAGGGGGGCGAUGUCGGGGACGCGGGGGGGCCCGAGGGCGAUGGCGGGUCACAGGCACCCAGCGGGACAGGGGACGACGCUGAGGCGGGUGGGGGCGAUGCUAGGGGUGUCAAAGAUGUGGGGGGCGAUGCUGGGGGAGCUCAGGAUGUGGCAGGGGGCAGAGCUGCGGCAGAAGCACCCAAUGGUGUGAGGGGGGAGAGCAAGGGCACGGGAGGGCAGGGGAGCGAUGCCGGGGGUGCUGAGGAUGUGGGGAGCAAUACCGGGGGGACUCAGGGUGUGGGGGGCAGUGCCAAGGCGGAAGCACCCAAGAGUGUGGAGGGCGAUGCCAGGGAGACUCAGGAUGAGGGGGGCGAUGCAGGGGGCGAUGCCAGCGGUGCCAAGGGCGUUGCCGGGGCAGAAGCACCCCAGGGUGCCAAGGGGGGUCCCGGGGAUCCACAAGAGGAGGCCAGGCCGGGGGCUGCAGUGGGGGGCACCCGGGGGCGACAGGAGCCCACGUGGCUGCAGGACGAGGAGGACGAGCUGUGGCCGGAGUUCCCCCCCUGCUCGCCCACAGGGGGGGCCCCCAGCCCCACCUCCCCUACCUCCCCUCUGGCCCCCAGCCCCCCCAAAGCCAGGGCCACCGCGGGCUCCGGGGACGGCGAGAAGGCUGAUCCAUCCGCGGGCCCUCGGGGCCGGGUGCCCCCCAGGACAGCGGGUCUGAGGCCAGAGGGGGCCGGAGGGCGCCCACGGGCGAGCGCCCGGGCUCAGGGGCGCAGCGCCAUCCUGGAGAAGUUCGGAGGUGCAGCCAAGGGCCCUGCCCCACACCUGAAGCGCACAGGGGGCACAGCUGCCGUGAAGGCAAUGCUGCUGGAGUGGUGCCGCGCCAGGACCCGCGGGUACCAGCACGUGGAGGUGCAGAACUUCGCGGGCAGCUGGGGCAGCGGGCUGGCGUUCUGCGCACUCCUGCACAGCUUCUUCCCCGACGCCUUUGACUACGCCACGCUGCAGCCGGCCGAGAGACGCCACAACUUCGCCCUGGCCUUCGCCACCGCCGAGGAGUGCGCAGGCUGCGCCCCGCUGCUGGACGUGGAGGACAUGGUGCGGCUGCCGGUGCCCGACGCCAAGUGUGUCUACACCUACGUGCAGGAGCUGUACCGGUGCCUGGUGGCCAAGGGGCUCGUCCGGACCAAGAAGCAUUGAGGGGGGUCCCUGGUGCCCUCUCAGCAUCCCCCAUGGCCUCUUGGUGCCCCCCGACUCCGCUGCGUCCCCUGGCAGUGCAGAGCCAUCCAUCGUCACUCAAGGCAGGGAUGCAGGCACGGGGACACUGAGGUGAAAUGGGGGACUGGGGGUGGCAUGAGGGUGGCACCCCCAGUGACCACCAUGGCCCUCCAGUGCCCCCCAACCUCGCUGUGCCCCCCAACAGUAAAGGCUGUCAU